GAAAUUUUUUAUUAAAUUGCCAAAGACCUUUUCGGACUGCAUGCGAUUGGCCUCCUCUUAUCAAACAAAUGAUGAUUUGAAUGUUGUGAUAACAAGGUAUGUCCAAAAUCAUUACAUUUAUAAGAUGGCUGCCUUCCAAUAACGUGAAAUCGAUGGCUGGUGUCAUGAGUUUAGCUCAAACCCUAAUCAAACACACCUGAAGUAGCUAAUUAAGGUCUUGCUAUGCAUACUAGAAACUUCCAGCAGGUGUACUAAAGCUUCGAGCUAAACUCUGCAGGACACCGGUUCCAAGACCGAGUUUGGGCACCCCUUCCCAGUGUUUUGAUUAUGAAAAUGUUAUGUUAAAUGUAAGUAAAUUGUGGACAAGCAGGUAACGUGACAAAUCUGUGUUACUGUUUUAUUUACAGUAAUUUGCAGGCAGAAUCUGAACACCGUUCUUUUAAAGUAUUCUGUUAUUGGACUCCUGAUACAAAUUUUGUUACCCAUUACAGAAUGCAGACAAUGGCGAGAAGUGUGGUAUGGUCCAGAGGACGAUUGCUGGAUCCUGAAACAGCAAAUAGCAUCCUGGAUCAUGUGUCUGAAUUUCUGGAUGCUUUGGAAACAUUGCCCCAACAGGACGUUCUCCAGGCUUAUAGUGCUCCAUUGGUAAGGGGUUCAUCUGGUCGUCCACAAUUAUCUAUCACACAAGAGCAGUUGCAGUUUCUGCUAGAAUAUAAUUUUUCGACAAAACAAAUGGCAGAAAUCUUGGGAGUGUCCAAACGAACUGUGAAGCGGCGUUUAAGGAAAUUCAGUAUUUCACUGAGAGACAGAUAUACUGAUAUGUCUGAUUCUGAUCUUGAUAACCAAGUCAGAGAACUGGUUGGAGGAAAUGAUGAGCUUGGGGCAGAAUCAGUAAGAGAACGUCUGGCAGGUCAAGGGUUAAUAGUGCAGCGUCACAGAGUGCGACAAAGUUUGAUCAGGACCAAUCCAGUGGGAGCAGCUCAGAGAGUCACAACACGCAGGCUACACAGAAGAGUCUACAAAGUUGCCGGGCCAAACGCAUUAUGGCAUUUGGAUGGCAAUCAUAAGUUAAUCAGGUGGCGAAUUGUAAUACACGGCGGCAUAGAUGGCUACAGCAGACUUGUUGUUUUCUUAAAGGCUUCAGACAACAAUCGCAGCAACACAGUUUUUGAGAGCUUUGUAGAUGCUAUUGGCAAACAUGGAAUACCUUCAAGAGUUCGCUGUGAUAAUGGAGGGGAGAACAAUUCCGUCUGUCUAUUUAUGAAUGUGUUCCGAGGCUCAACAAGAGGAAGUGCUCUGAGAGGAAGGAGCACGCACAAUCAAAGGAUUGAAAGAUUGUGGGUGAUGUUUGGCGGGGCAUCACCAAUACUUAUUAUUCCUUAUUCACGCUCUUGGAGAGUGAGGGUAAAAUUGACACUAACAAUGAAAUGCAUCUCUGGGCAUUACAACCAGCUCCAGAUGCGAAUGCUCCCCCAGUUGCCGAAGUUGUCACCCCACAUCCUCAAACUGUGUUCCACUGGCCAGAAGCUGUUCAGAUCCCUGCCAACCAAUUCAACCUUCAAGAAGGACAAAUAG